CGCAGUUAGGGGAUUGGAUGCCCUUCCCGAUACUAAGCAAGAGUCAAGGACCGAGUGUACAUGUAUCGGGAGAGUGAAUGAAGUAAAUAGUUGUAAACAGCUGAUUCUAGAUUCAGUUGUAGAGACAGCUGAUUCUAGCUUUGGUCAUCUGACGGAUUGGGGCUAGAAAAUCACAAUGAUGCGCUUCCUUUGGUUUAUAACUUUAUUGUGCAUGACUUUUGUGGUCAUCAGCGCAGAAAUACAUCCUAUAGAUGUAGAGCCAGUGAUUAAAAAAGAGCAGCCAGAUUUUGAGGAUGACACAGGCAAUGGUUCUGUGUUGCAGGCCGGGAGUGGUCAUGCACCCAACUCCUCUUUGGAUGAAAAUAAGAAAAAUAAAGCAGAUGUUAGCUUUAUGCAUGCAUUUAUUGCUGCUCUUAGCAUGAUCAUUGUUACAGAGCUAGGAGAUAAAACUUUCUUCAUAGCUGCAAUUAUGGCAAUGAAUCAUCCAAGGGUGACGGUGUUUGCUGGAGCAAUGAUUGCGUUGACAGCUAUGCACGUUAUGUCGGCUUUGUUUGGGUAUGUUAUUACAUGGAUCCCACGAGUAUACACUUUCUAUGCUUCAAGUGUUCUUUUUGCCAUAUUUGGCUUAAAAAUGUUACGUGAAGGUUGGAAAAUGAAACCAGAGGAAGCACAAGAAGAAUUUGAGGAGGUCCAGAUGGAUCUAAGACGCAGAGAUGAUGAUGAAAGUGUGGAAGAUGGUGAAAGUAAGCUUCUGAAUAAAUUGAUGAAGCUUAUGCCAACAGAACUUAUAUUGAGCAAUGCUCCUGGUUUGUGUCAUCAAAGAUAUUCCAUACUUAAAGAGUUUGGAAAUCUUGACAGUGAUGCAGUUUAUGCAAUGGGAGCAAGUACUUCAACAGUGGAUACAUCCUCAGAGCCAGGGAAGAUGACAGAGCUUUCUGGUUACAGACCUGUUGGCAUUAGUGGACAUCAGUCACGGUUCUGUCAUGCUGGAAACAGAUGGCUUAGAAGGUAUGCAAAGCAAGAGAGAUCACGGGAGAGGGUGUGUGUGUGUGUGUGUGUGUGUUUGUAUUUAUACUUAUUUAUAUUUUCUCUCUUUGCUCAGGACGUAUAUGGUGUUAUUGUUGGUGGCUUGCUGGGACACUUCUUGUGCACAGGCCUUGCAGUCAUAGGUGGACGUAUCAUUGCUACAAAAAUUUCAGUGAGAACAGUUACAAUCAUUGGAGGGAUAACCUUCUUGAUAUUUGCAGUGUCAGCGCUUAUUAUGGGCCCUUGAAAAUAAAAUGCUCAUAUAAAUCCAGAAAUAUUAUAAGGUUGUGGUAAACAUAUUUUUAUAGUUUACUGUAUUCCUUUUUUUAGAAAAAAAAAAAAUUAUAUAUAUAAAGGGAGAAAUUCUGAAACUAAUGACUGACUUUGUACAGUGUAUACCUAUUUAUUUUUAGGGUAACAUAUGACGACUAUAUGUAAAUAUCUACUCUAUUACUUCUCAUAGAAGGUAAUGGAAAGAAAAGUAUACCUUAUUAAAUUCUUACUAUUUUUUGAGGUGAUAAGUUUUGCAGAUACUGUCAUUGUGUUCCUUUUUAGAAAGGUUUUGAUAAAAAGUGAUUUAUUUAUGUUUUCCUAUCAUACAAAGGUAAGAUGCAUUGAUGUAAGACAUUGUUUGAUCUGGAUUUUAUGAUGUUAUAAUGAAUGUACACAAAUAAUGGCACUCAAUUACCGUACCUCAUUGUUUAUAAAUAAAAAUAAUUUUAA